CAUGCCACGUCAACUUCCCCAACGUAAGCUCUCCAAAUAAUGGCUGCCUCGUCUAUAGUCAGCCUCACUCGCUUCUACGUUUCUACUAGUUCGUCCACUUCUCCUUACUCCAUUUUCCGCUUCAACCACAUCAGUCGAAGACUCGUCGCUGCUGUCUCCGCUAGAAGGCAGCACUGGAGCUGUAAGAGAAUGGCUUCUUCUUCUUCUUCACUCGAGAAAGAGGUUCCAACCAAGGAAAACAAGCUCACUGCUCCGUACGGCUCUUGGAACUCCCCGAUCACCGCCGACGUCGUUUCCGGCGCCUCCAAGCGGCUCGGCGGCACCGCCGCUGACUCCCACGGCCGCCUCAUCUGGCUCGAAUCACGCCCCGCUGAAUCAGGACGCGGGGUUCUUGUGAAAGAGCCAGAGAGAGCAGGGGAUGAGCCUGUUGACAUCACGCCGAAGGAGUUUGGGGUGCGGACAGUUGCACAAGAAUAUGGAGGUGGCGCUUUCAGGGUCUAUGAUGAUACAGUCAUAUUUUCAAAUUACAAGGACCAAAGGCUGUACAAGCAGUCUUUGAAUUCUAAAGAUUCUUCUCCUCUACCACUUACUCCGGAUUAUGGUGGACCACUAGUCUGUUAUGCGGACGGAGUCUUUGAUGCACGCUUUAAUCGUUAUGUCACCGUAAAGGAAGAUCAUCGUGAAAAUAGUUUGAAUCCAACCACUACAAUUGUAGCAAUAGAGAUUGGCAACAAGGAUAUUCAAGAGCCAGAAGUAUUAGUAGGUGGGAAUGACUUCUAUGCUUUCCCACGUUUGGACUCCAAAGGUGAAAAAAUGGCAUGGAUUGAAUGGCGUCACCCUCACAUGCCAUGGGAUAAAGCAGAAAUCUGGGUUGGCUAUAUUUCUGAAAAUGGAGAGGUCUACAAACGCAUCUGUGUUGCUGGCACUGAUUCUAUGCUUGUGGAGUCUCCAACUGAACCGAAGUGGUCCCCUAGUGGGGAACUAUUUUUUAUUACUGAUAGAAAAAGUGGGUUUUGGAACAUCUACAAAUGGAUUGAGUCUGAGAAUGAGGUAGUAGCAGUUUAUUCUUUGGAUGCUGAGUUUGCCAGACCAUUAUGGAUAUUCGGCAUGAAUUCUUAUGAAUUCAUUCAAAGCAAUGAGCAGAAAAAUUUAAUUGCUUGUAGCUAUAGGCAGAAUGGGAGGUCAUAUCUUGCAAUUCUGGAUGAUGUUCAGAGUUCGUUAUCUCUGCUUGAUAUUCCUUUCACAGAUAUAGAUAAUAUUACUUCAGGGAAUCAUUGCUUGUAUGUGGAGGGUGCAUCCGCAGUUCAUCCAUCAUCAGUAGCUAAGGUUACUUUAGAUGAACAUAAAUCAAAAGCAGUUGAAUUUGAGAUUAUUUGGUGCUCUUCUCCUGAUAGUUUAAAGUACAAGUCCUACUUCAGUUUGCCUGAGAUAAUUGAAUUCCCAACAGAAGUGCCUGGUCAAAAUGCCUAUGCCUACUUUUAUCCACCAACUAAUCCCGUGUACCAAGGUAGUCAGGGAGAAAAGCCCCCAUUGCUACUGAAAAGUCAUGGAGGUCCCACAGCUGAAACACGUGGAAUGUUAAAUCUGAGUAUUCAGUACUGGACUAGUCGAGGUUGGGCAUUUGUUGAUGUCAAUUAUGGUGGAAGCACUGGUUAUGGCAGGGAAUAUCGAGAUCGGCUUUUGGGGCGCUGGGGAAUUGUUGAUGUCAAUGACUGUUGUAGUUGUGCUAGAUUUUUGGUGGACUCUGGAAAGGUAGAUGGUGAACGCCUAUGUAUAACUGGGGGCUCUGCUGGUGGAUAUACAACCUUAGCUGCUCUUGCUUUUAAAGAAACUUUUAAGGCUGGAGCUUCCUUAUAUGGUGUAGCUGACUUAAGUAUGUUGAGAGCAGAAACUCACAAGUUUGAAUCUCAUUAUAUUGAUAAUCUUGUCGGAAGUGAAAAGGAUUACUUCGAGAGGUCUCCAAUCAAUUUUGUUGAUAACUUUUCCUGCCCUAUAAUUUUGUUCCAAGGAUUGGAUGACAAGGUUGUAGCCCCUGAUCAAGCUCGUAAAAUUUACCGGGCAGUGAAAGAAAAGGGUCUACCAGUUGCUCUGGUAGAGUAUGAAGGUGAACAACAUGGUUUCCGUAAGGCUGAGAACAUUAAGUUCACGCUGGAACAACAAAUGGUUUUCUUUGCACGAUUGGUUGGACACUUCGAUGUUGCAGACAAGAUUACUCCAAUCAAAAUUGAUAACUUUGACUAAGCUCUUAGUGAAAAGUGCCAUCUGACAAGAGCAAUCAAUCUGUUGAUUUCAAUAAGCUUGUGGAUCUGCUUUAAGUUCUGACUACAAUAAACCAGUUUGAAACUUCAGGCAUCGAUGAAGUGGCUACACGCAUUUGCAAUACCUUUAUCUUGAUAUCUAUUAAUUCUGAAAGCCUGAAAAUUGAGCAGAUGGAGAUUAUUGUUCCUUGUCAAUUAUGUGGCAUAUAUAUUUGAAUUAUAAUGCAUGGUUUGAAUUUAUGUUAA